GUGUAUAUAUAAAGUCAAUUGUUUUUACGUUGUACUAGUUGUUAAUCCCAUCGGCUUCUCCUUGUGUCUACUUAAUUCUUUAAAAUCUUUUAGUGAAAGUCCUGACUCCAUCUUACUUCGAAGGUGCAAUAGAAAAUUUCUAGAGCGACAUGGGCGGUAGAAAGUAUAGAGAACUUAUACUACUAUUUUAUAGGAUUGGAUGAGUUUAAAUAGUACAAUAUGAUCAGUGAGGAUUCAUAUAGCCAACUCUAGCUUGCUUGAGAUUGACGCGUAGUUGUCGGUAGUUGUUGUAUAUACUCUUGAAAUACCUUUGUUGCAGCAAGGAUCGCAUGUUUCUCAAGACCUGAAGUAGUCUAGGGUAAAGUUUUAGUCAUGUUAGUAUGUUUUACAUAGGUCUCAUUAUUCUAUGAGUUUUCUUAGUCAUGUCAGAAGGAUUUAGACAUUCAAGUACUUUCUAAUUAAUUUGUUUUAUAUAAUUUGGACUGAGAUUCAUAUGGUCGACCUCAACUUGCUUAAGAUUGAGGCGUUGUUAUUCUCUACUCUUGAAAUAAUUUUGUUGCAGCAGGGAUCACAUGUUCCAAAAUUUGGGAACUGGGAUGGUGAAAAUGUGCCAUACACAGCCUAUUUUGAGAAUGCGCGCAAAGUUAAUAAAGGCGGUAAAAUGAUAAAUCCAAAUGAUCCAGAGGAGAAUCCAGAGGCCUUUGCAUAUGGUAGAUAUGACGAUGCUAGCGUUAACGUUUCUCCUGCGAAAGUUCCUUCAUUCGAAACACCUCAGUACAAUUAUGGUCACCGCAGAAAUCCUUCUGGCUCAGGCCAAAACAAGAGUAUUGGCUCGACAAAUUCAAAUUCAGAGUCAUUUGGGGUAACGCAACGUCACAGAAAAUCUGAUGUCAAGAAGAAUAAGAACGAUCGUGGCAAUGGUUUUGUUCCACCUAGUCCAAAUAGACUGAUCAAAAGUAGCAGAAAUCCAUCUGAUGAUCUUUCUUGUUCAUCAGCAGCAUCAGUACCAAAAUUUGGGGCAUGGGAUGAGAAAGAUCCAAAAUCUGGAGAAGGAUUUACAGUAAUUUUCAACAAAGUUAAAGAGGAAAAGCAUAUUGCAGCUUCUAAGUUCCCUAUGGUGCAGCCACAUUCAAGCAUGCCUUCAUCACAUAAUCAAAAAAGAAAUGCUAAGUCAAAGGUAUUUUGCUGCCUUUUUUGAAGAUUCACAAGCUCAAGUCAAUUUUUUUGUUUUGCCUUCUUUCCUCUUCACUCAAUAGUGUAAGCAAAAAUUGAAAGAUGAUGGAAGAACUUGUAUUAACGUUUAUUAUGGAAGAACAAUUGAUUACA